ACACCGCUGGACGAGACAGAAGACGGAUACCUCCUGGACCUCUAUAUUUAGAUGUCUAACCUGCACAAACAAAUCCUUUCCUGUCCCACGAAGAAAGCUGAAAUCAUCACAAGAAGAGGAAAGUUCACAGGAAAGCUAAACGGUGAUGGCCACCGUCAAAAAAGAUAACAGACUGACGAGUUCCCAGAGCUUUAUGUGCGUCGGUUUCGCCGGGUUUUUCAGUAAAACUGUCACAUCGCCUUUGGAGGUUGUUAAAAUCAAAAGCCAAGUCGGCACUUUUCACUGUAAGAGGGGAUUCUGGCAAAGUUUUCUCCUCAUUUAUAAGAAUGAGGGGCUUAGAGGCUUCUGGAAAGGAAAUCUGGCGUCAUGUCUCCGAUUGUUUCCUUACACCGCAGUUCAUCUUUCAACAUACAAAAAGAUAGUCCACCUGCACAUGGAUGAGCUGGGCUUCAUCUCUCAGUGGAGAGCCAUACUGGCCGGUGGACUCGCCGGUGUUGCUGCAGCACUGGUCACAUAUCCUCUAGAAGUUGCAGAAACAAGACUGGUGGUUCAGAACUGCAGACAGCCCACAUACAUCGGUGUGUUUUACACACUGUCAAAGAUCCACAGGAGUGAAGGGCUGCCUGCUCUCUACAGGGGCUUCUCCCUCACUUUAUUGGGUGCUUUUCCCUUCUCCCUGGGCUGCUAUGCGGUCUACAUGAACUUGGAUAAGCUCUGGCAGGAGCCUCCUUUUCGUUUCACUCCUCUCCAGAACUUCAUUAAUGGCUGUGUUGCAGCAGGGGUGGCCCAGACGCUCUCCUACCCCUUUGAAACUGUAAAAAGGAAAAUGCAGGCACAGAAUCCACGUCUGCCCCAUUUCGGAGGAGUCGACGUCCAUUUCAGUGGAAUGAUUGACUGCUUCAUACAGGUGGUUAAAAACAAGGGCGUCCUCUCGCUGUGGAAUGGACUUACCGCCAACACAAUAAAGAUUGUCCCUUACUUCGGCCUUCUCUUCACCUGCUUUGAGAUGUGUAAGCAGGUCUGCCUUUACCGCAACGGCUACAUCGUGUCACCUCUGAGCUACAAGCUGACGCCGGGGGUUGACCAGAGCCUGGGGCCGUCCGAGCUGGAGGAGGUGAAGCGUUACUUGAGAAACAGGAACUUUGGGUCUGCAGGGUCGUCGUUAGGAAACCGCUGGUGAAAAAAAACUCACACGAGAUGAAGACGAGCGCCUGCUGAUGAUUAUUUGUUGGACUGCACUAUUUCAGAGGCUGUAACGACUACUUAAUAUUGUGUUUUAGAUUUUAUGUGUUCAUACAAGGUAUAAACAUACAUUUACAUUGUGUGCAGUAAUAACAGUCUACCUCUUUCAAAGUUUGUUUUAUCUCUCAGUAUUCUAUGAAUUGUCCUUCACACAUAAUGCCUUUUUAACCAAAUAUUAUGUGCCUUUAACAUUCACUAUUUAUUUAAGAGCUUAUUUCAGUAAUACUGUCUAAAAGUGCCAGUUCAUUCAUAGACUCUAAGCACAAUUUUACUCUGCUUCUGUAUUGUUUUUUUUUUUAAUAUAUAAUGAAUGCAACAUUUUCUUGCUUCAUCAUUUGACUUGGUAUGGACAAUAAUGAAGGAAUGCUUACAUGGGUGGAGAUAGAAGAAAUGUGCAUUACCAUUAAACUUUCAUUGAGUCAUUUUUCAUUUA